CUGGGUGGGGCCGGGCCGGAGCCCGAAGGGGCUGCGGGCUGGGAUGAGGGGCACGGAGCCGGGGGAGGGGGUGUGGUUCCGGCUCCAUCGCUGGUUCCUCCCUCCCGGAGAACCGCGGGCCGCACCUGACCCCACGGGGAAAAAAGCGCCGGGAGUGUGGGUUUCCCUGCUCUCCGACCCGUGGCGUGGAUCAAACUUAAGGAAAUUGUGGCAAAUACUCCGUUUGGGGGUGGUUUACAACCUCAUCUGUAACAUUAUUUUCACGUUGCUGUGUGCAUUUCCAGUGUAUUGUAUAAUAAAGACAUGGUCGCUUUUAGGGGAGAUGUCUGAAAAACUGAGAAGAUGCAGAAAGGAGCUGACUGCAGCCAUUGACCGGGCCUUUGAAGGAGUCAGUCAUUCCCAGGAGUGCUCAGGCAUGCAGAGGCUGGAGCUGGACGCUGCGCCGCUUUCCUUCCCCUUCCCCAUGCACAGGCUCCUCUGCAGGAGGCACCCGCUGGCAGUCUGCUCCUCUGCGGCUCCUUUCUCUCCUGUCCCAUGUGCUCCUGGGAAUGAGAGCCCUGCCUUUGCACCAAACCACGAACCCGUGAGUGCAAAGACACAUGCUCUAUGCCCCAAAAGAAAACCUCUGACCAGCAAGGAAAACAUACCAAUGCAUUCCUCCAUUUUGGCACCUGAAAGACAGUUUUGGAGAGCGUCAGGAGAUGGGGAGAACUGGAGAAAAGACAGUCUAAGGAAAGAUAUGGAGAAAGAUUUGAAGGUUGAGUCAAACAUGCCACUCAGCAGUUCUAGCCAAGAAGUCACAAAGGAUUUGCUUGACAUGAUUGACCAUACAGGCAUCCAAACUAUUGAAGAAUUGGCUGGAAAACUAGAAUUUGAAAACGAGUUGAACCAUGUGUGUGGUUGCUGUGAAGAUUCACCCUUCAAGGAGGAAGCCUGGGCCCUGCUGGUGGAUGAGAGCCCUCAGGAGGCCUCGGACGCAGACCCUGGCAGCCUCAAGCAGGCUUUCUAUGAUCACAAUAUCGUGGAGACUGUUUUGGACUUGGAAGAGGACUACAAUUUGAUGACCUCUUUUAAAUACCGAAUUGAUUCAUCUUGGAAAGCCAAACAAUCCCUGAAUUGUUUCCGUGGAAACACCAAACUGCAAUUUGGAUUAGCAGAAUCAAAAUAGAAACAAGGCAGCUUCAAGAAUAAAUAGGAGCUUUGGAACCUGCUAGUCACCAACUGCAAGUUCAAGCUACAGAACAAGGCAUGUGAGAAGCUGGGCCCAUCCAGUUCUAUAAGGAGGGGUUUCCAGGUCCCCUGGCUACAUGCUGCCGGGUCAAUGCAAAAGUCAUUAGAAACCAGCUCUGUCUGCAUACUGGUAGACUUGUAACAAUACUUAAGGUAGGAGCUGGUCUGUAGAAACUAGGAGAGGCUGGGGGUCUGGAGGGAAAUGGGGGGAAGAAGGGACAGGAAAAAGGAGAGAUGAGUGAAUGCCGAGUGAAGUUCCAGCAAGGAGCAGAGGCCACAGCUGAGGCCUGAGAGUACAGCAACAGUUCUUUCAAGAGGACAAUUCAAGGGACUUCCCCAGUGGUCCAGUGGUUGGGACUCCAAGCUUCUACUGCAGGGGGCACAGGUUUGAUCCCUGGUCAGGGAACUAAGAUCCCACAUGCCACGCAGUGUGGCCAAAAAAAAAAAAGACAA